AUGACUGAAUCUGGAUGCUCCUAUGGAAGUGAGGUAGGAGGCUUUCUGGAUGACCUUCCUCCUUUCACAAACAGAUACAUCUAUGAAGGGAAAGAGCAACUCGAUCAAAUCAUGGAAAUUGAACAUCACCGUCUCGCACACUCACGUGCUGAGUCCCUUAAAAUUUCUGAAUAUUUUCAACGGUUUUUGCGACCCGAUCCAAUCCCAGGUCUUCGCUUGUUUUACAAUCCAGCACUGCAGAUUCUAAUUCUCAGAAGUUCCAGUCUGGAACAUCUUCAAGCUGCUGGCGCAUUACACGAUACAGUCACAGAGACUUUGAGACCGAUGGGGCUGCAUCAUGCGCUUCUGUUAUUUGGAGGCGCAAACGUUGAUGUCGGUGAUGGACAGGUAAAAGGGCCAGAUUGGGGCUGGUGCUCCCGCCGGCCUCCUCUUGGUGUCGCCAAAAGACCCGGGGUAGUCGUCGAGGUUGGAGUUUCAGAACCUGAGACCAAACUCUGCAACGAUGCAAGAUUCUGGGUUGAUCCCACCAAAGGAAAAGCCAACAUGGCCAUCACCAUCAAAGUCGACCGUCGCAAGCCCGAGUUGAAACUCAAUACCCGGGAAUGGAAUUCUCAUCUUCAACGUCCGCAUAUCACCCAAUUCGCCAUUGUCGAAAAAUAUGGUGAUGAAAUCACCGUCUCAGAAUCUCCACUUGUCAUACCCUUCCACCAUAUCUUCCAGCGCGCCCCGGAACAUUCUAAAGAAAAGGAUAUUCAACACUCAAAGGAACAGCUCACUGAAUGGGCAACUUCUGUAUGGGAUGCCCAAGAGCUAUAA